AUGGAGGCGAUGCCGCCCUUUGCCAACGGGCCCUCCUCGUGGAUGAUGGAGCAUCAGCAGCUGCAUGCGGGCGAGAACAAGGGGGAGCUCUCCUCGCUCGAAGACCUCCUCCAGGGCUUCGAGACGGACGGAUUCGAGUGCCUGGAUGUCGCCAACGGCAUGGACACUACGGGCCUGGGCACAGCUGGCCUCUCUCCCGCCGACGGGUUCGAGGGCGCCGCGCAGGGGCCCUACAGCCAAGUGAACAAGCAGAACUUCAGCGCGUUCGCAUACGCGGCGCCGCCCGCCUCGCACGGCUUCCAGAUGCCGGCACAGGGGGUGCAACACUCUCGGCCCGCUGCGUUGCCGGGCGCCAACCAGGGGAACAUCAACGUGGUGCUCCCGCGGCCCCACCUCGACGUCUUGCGCAGCGCGCCGGGCGACAUGCUCCCGGAAGGCCUCGACCAGUACCGCGAUCGCGAGGAGUCCGACUUCUACUCGGACCUCGCCUCGUCGUACGCCGGCGGCUCCGUCCAGGGCGGCACCGCGUUCACCCCGGGCGGGUCGCUGCGCGGCGGCGAGGGGUCGGUGCGGUCCGGACACCUGUUCCCGGCGAGCCAGUCCGCCGCGGAGGACAGCAAGGCGCAGAAGGAGCUGGGGCGCCUCCGCCUGGCCCCCGGCUUCCAGAACGAGGCCAGCCGGAGCGGACCGGACGGCAGCGCGCAGCACGGCGUGCCCACGUCGCCCAACGGGCUGCACGGGCACACGCGGCUGCACCGCGUGGUGUCCGCGGGCAACGCCGAGGCCAAGUCCCCCGGGGGCAGCGUCCGGCGGAGCUCGCGGGCGGCGGCGGCCUCGGCGGCCAUCGAUGAGGAGGGGAGCGUGGGGCGGCGCGGCGCGGGCAAGUCGAUGCGCGGCGGGACCGCGGCGAUCGCCGCGGUGAACGCCGCGGCGUCCGCGGGCGCGGCGCCCGACGGAGCGGGGUCCUCGCCGGCGCUCCGGGCGUCCGCGGGGGCCCGCGGGGGCGUGGUGAAGCCCCACCACCCUGCCGUGGAGAAGGCGCGGCGCGACCGGCUGAACGGCCUCAUCAACGAGAUCAGAGACCUCGUGCCGUGCUCGUCGGAGUUCCUCGGCGCGAACGGCACCGACAAGCGGCCCAAGCACGUCGUGCUGCAGGACGCCAUCUCGGCCCUGCGCGACCUCAUCUCCGCGGCCUCCGCGGGCGGGGCGGCGUCCGGCGGCAGCCUCCUGGCCAGCAACGGCGGGCACCGCAUCAGCGGCGCACAGCCGCUGUCGUCCGGGGACGGCUGCGACACGCAGGGCAACGGCCUGGGGCAGAGCGGCAGCCAGUGA